AUGGUGAAUCAUUCAAGGCGAGAGGCUUCCCUCGAUAGGGACAGCUCCGAAGAAGAGCGCAAGCCGACAGUAUCCCCUGUUAACGAGCAGCAAACCUCCGUCGUUGUGAACCCCAAAGCGAUCUUUGGGUCCGAUCAGCCGUUGCCCCAGCAUCUUACCGAUAUACUACAAGAAUGGCACAAAGAGAAAGGCACGAUACGGCCGCCCUGUAACAGUCAAAAGCCUGCGAAACGUCAGAUGGAAUGGAAAACUUUCGACCGUCAGGGAAAUCACGUGAACCUCUCCGCGUAUGCGAUCAUAAAGCCCACCGCAUAUAAUGUCCUAGUGCUUCAUACUGCUGAAGGGCAUGAGAAGCUCGUGUCUUCCUACUUUCCUUUCGGCACGGGUUUUGGUACCUACCUGAUCGGGUGGUCGGGGGUUCACGAUGGGUGGGAUCCCACAAUCUGUGCCCUGCGAAUGUUCUCGAAUAAUCUUGACGAUCUUGUUUAUAAGCCUGAGGCGUGGCCCGCAUUUGAAGUUCUGGAGAAGCGUCACAAGAAGUCGCAGGCCCAGACCUCACGAGUGAGCGAGAAACGAAGAAGUCUCUCGGGACCCUCGCAGAUGCAAAGACCGGAAACGAGGCCACAGAGAAAGAGCCUACCAGGACAACCAGUCGCUACACAUGACCACAGGACCAACAAUGCACAUGAAAGAUCGUCUUCGUCAUCAUCGGAAGAGGAAGAGUCAGACGAAGAAGACGACACUUCAGGGUCUUCGGAGUCUUCAGAGGACGACGAGCCCGAGCCUACAUCUGUAUCGAAAAGGCGCCGAUUGAACGAGCCUAGCGAACCCACCCAUCAGGAUGCCAAGGUGGUGUUCAAGUUAUUCUCGUAUAAAUCCGGAGCAGUUCGCUGCUUUCCGUUGGACGAGUGCCAGACUGGGAAAGAGUUCUUCGACAAGGCCCGGACCUUCUUCCAACUUUUUGAUAAACAUGCGGAGGUAAAGAUCCUGUCAUGCCAAAUAGCGUCCCAGCCUCUACAGCAGUAUGUCUUUGAGGGCAGUGAAGGUGAGUUUAAUCUGCUCGUGGAUCAAGCCAAGUCCUUAGUUCGCGAUGGGCUUGUGAUUGUAGAGGUCAGUCAUGUUUUAUCAUUAUCGCCUCACUGA